AUGGCCGAUUACGAACGCGUGGUGCUGGUUAAACCAAAAGUUUUUGUCUACAAAUUGCCCCCACUCGGCACUGGUGGUCACAAGGCGGCGACUUGGGAUUUAGAUAACCCUGCCUGGACGGGACGUUUGCGUUUGAUUUCUGUUGGUAAGAAAAUCGAACUCCGGCUUGAAGACGGCGAGACCGGCGCGCUGUAUGCGAAAUGCCCAGUUGAUUCGCAUCCAGGGGUGGCAAUCGACGCGGUUUCGGACAGCUCUCGCUAUUUUGUGAUAAGAUUACAGAACGAUAAUGGACAGACCGCUUUCGUUGGUUGCGGGUUUCAAGAGAGAAGUGAUGCGUUCGAUUUUAAUGUUGCCCUUCAGGAUCAUUUCAAGUACAUAGAACGAAGCGAACAAUUCGAAAAGCUCGAUUCGACACCAGGGCCAAGUUUAGAUUUAGCGUUCAAGGAAGGUCAAACAAUUUCCAUAAGCAUUGGGAAGAAGGAUGGUGCAGCUCCGUCAAGACCUCGUGCGGCUCCAGUAAAUAACGGCGGAGUAGUGCCUCUUCUGCCUCCACCGCCAGGAGCCGGAUCAAUUAUCCGCAACACGAAACCGACAGCAGCUCCAGUGCAAUCUCAACAACCGACAUUGUCAUCUCAAUCCGUGGCGACGGUUGCGGCGACUCGACGACUCCAAAAGGAUUAUGCCAAAUUGGCGCAGGAUCCAAUUGAUGGAAUUGUCGCUCUUCCCAAUGAAAGCAACAUUCUUGAAUGGCAUUACUGCCUUCGCGGCUCGGAAGGAACUGUCUAUGAGGAUGGAUACUACUGGGGAAAGAUACUAUUCAAGUCGGAUUUUCCAUGGUCGCCGCCAUCUAUUUUGAUGAUUACACCGAACGGACGCUUCCAAACAAACACUCGUCUGUGUCUUUCAAUUUCCGAUUAUCAUCCGGAGAGCUGGAAUCCUGGAUGGACGGUGUCAGCUAUUCUCGUCGGACUGCAUAGUUUCAUGAAUGAGAACACGCGUGCGGCUGGCACAAUUGAUAUGGACUCGGAGAACCGUCGCCGCUUGGCAUUGGCGAGCAAAGAAUAUAAUAUGAAGGUUCCGGAAUUUGUCACGUUCUUUCCAAAGCUCGUUGAAGAGUGGAAACUCGCUGGCGUGACUCCAUCGGUAAGCACUUCGAAUCUUCCACCAAUUCCUGCUAUUCCUGAAACUCCAUUGGGUCUUCCAAUGUAUCCGGGAUACGCGGCCGCCGCGUACCAAAUGUAUAGAAUGCCGCGUUUCGACUACGGCCAACUGUAUCAAGGAAAUCAGCAGAACCAUGAUUUGGCGAAUGCUACCUUGAACAAUAUGAUGAAUAUAUUUGCGAAUGAGGAUGCAGCGAAUGGGGCUGGAAAUGCGCCUGUGGCCAAUGGUGGUUUUCCGAAUCGCGCUGCUCUCCUUCCUCCGUCUCCGAACCGAUUUGCUCUUCCUCCUCCGCUUCCUAUUGGCGUUGCUGCGCCAAAUGUGACCAGGAGCGGCACUCUGAAUCCAGUUCCACCACAGGUCCCCGGAACCAACAGUAGUCGUGUUCAACGACCACCAAAACGUAAUUACGAUGAAACAACUGUUAAUAUCAAUAAUGAGCCGGAACCACCAAAACGAUCUCGAGAUUCAUGCUCCAACAACAAGAAUUCAUCGAAGUCAGAAGAUGUGAAAACGGUUGUGGAAUAA